AUGGCUACAACCGUGGUUGAAGGCCUCUCCGCCGAGCACAAGGCCAAGCUCCACGAGAUAGCAGACCUGAUGCUCCAGAUCUACGAGACACUGGCAGAAAUGUGCUACGUCGAAUCCGCCGGCAUCAUCCGUGGGCCUCACAACAUCACCAGCGAAAUGCAACAGCAAUACAAGGAGCUCGAUCUGGAUCCGGCGAUCAUCUACCUCUACAGUAUUCUCCCAUACAUCGACAGCAAGGCAGCAAAUGCCGACCAAUUCUUCCAGAGGUCGCAUUUCUUCAACCACAUGAAGCCUUCUGAAAAUGCGCAAGGCCGGGAUCCGUGGUUUAGAGAUCCAUUGCGUGGGAAUCCCAACGUUGGCUUUGACGAUGCGAAUGGACUGUACAUGCGGCCUUGGUACACGCCGCUCUCGAGUAUUUGGGAAAGGUCGCCAGUCAUAAUCUAUGAUGCGAGGGAGCAUAGGAUUUGGAUUGCGAAUUAUGAGACGUCGACGGAUCCAAUCUUUUAUCGUAGGUGGUAUGGUGAAUUGGAAGAAGAGCAGAAAAGCGAUUGGGGCGGUACGGACGACUAUAGUGACUGGAGCGAGAAAGAUGAAGACGAAGACGGAGGUGACGAUGCCGCCGCCUCCGCCGGAAGCAGCGAGUUCUGGGACGAUGGAGAAGAAGAAGACUUAAGUGGCGAAUUGACUGGCCUCAGCUUGGACGAGACGCCAGAUGUUGAUUUCGACGAAGGAUUUGAGAUCGUAGAAGAGAUCCCCUGGGGCGAACAAGUCAGGGCGCUCCAGAUCAAGAACGAAAACAGCUUGGAGCUAAUUCAACGCCGAGACGCUGCUGAAGUACUGCGAGAUAUCAAUUCUUGGUAUAGACAGUUGAAGGAGCUGCCUGGCGAUCUAGGGGACAAUCUCCGGGUAGAGGAGAAGACCAAGAGAUCGUUGUACAAGAAGCAUGGCUGGCCAGAUACAUUCGAUGCCGAUGCUUUCAUGGUCGACGUCAUCAGAACGAGUGCUGCCGAGCGCGUACCAUCCCAUGAUGUAGAACGCGAUCCAGCCAAUAUCAUCAAGAAAUGUCAGAAACGGCUUGAAUGGAGUCGGAGGUUUCGUUCGAAGUUCACCAAGCCUGUCGACGAAGCACAGGGCCUCGAUGAAGAAUGGACCGCCCGCUUUAAACUAUUCCGCUUCGACCUGGGUGUGGAGCAACAUGAGCGAGACAUCAACGAAGCUGAACAAGAACUUGCCAGAGACCCCACGGGUGACAAACGGUCAGAUGAAGAGCUGGCGUCGUUGAUGGUAUACGAACAUUUGCGAGAACAGGCGGGAGCACGCAGGGUCCGCGCUGAGCAAUGGGCGGAUACGCUAUCAAACGCGAUGGAUGAAUCUGAUGAGAAUCGACGAUACUGGGAGAUCCUAGCAAGCCAUCUCAACCGACUCAUGCCCUGCUACGAAAAGGCCCUGGUGGAGGCGAGAGCCGAUGCUCAACGGGUAUCUCCUGCGAAGUUUGCUCAGCCGGCCCUGAUGUUCAGGAUUGACAGCGAGAAGGCAUCGCUCGCGUCGUCGAUGGAGGAACUGCGCAGGAUGGAGGAGUUUUUGGAGACCAUUCCGAAGGAUGCUGUCAAGGCUAGAGAAGAGGUGAUUGGUGAUGUGAAGAGACGCGAGGAGUUCAUCCAGUCCAGACAGGCUGGCAUUGCGGAGCUUGACGAGUCGUUGCGGAAUGAUGAGUAUUAA